CUCCUUCACAUUGGCGGAGUUUAUAUAUUAGCAACUUAGCCAAUGGAGGCAGUUAACCGGAAAAAAGUGCAAGUUGCCGUGAAAAAACACUAAUGUCAGCCAGCACUGUGUAAGGUAGGGAAAUUAAAGUGGAAAACUUUUUCCGUUCCUCUGGUUAGUAUCGUCGUGUGAGAGUAAGAUCAAAGCUGCAGUUGCGAACCCAGAAUUCAGCUCGCUGAUUGGCUGCUGAUGGAUGAAGUCAACCUACACAGCAGGUUCCUGAACUGGCGUAGGAGGGCUCGGGUGGUCCGUGCCCCGCCCGUUCAGGAACGCUACGAGAGGAUACUGAAGGAGGGGGACACUCUGAGAUACCAUGAGAACGCUGAUAAAGUUGGGUGCUAUGUGGCUGCCCGGCCACUUUCUAAGGAGAACCGCUACUUUGAGGUGACCAUACUGGACGCAGGAGUGCGGGGGACGAUCGCGGUGGGGCUGGUGCCGCAGCACUACCAGCUGGACCAGCAGCCCGGCUGGCUCCCUCACUCCAUCGCCUACCACGCUGACGACGGCAGGUUGUACAACGGGGACGGGAGGGGUCAGCAGUUUGGUCCGAAGUGUAAACGUGGCGACCGGAUCGGCUGCGGGGUUUACCUGGAGAGGGCGGAGGCGGGCCUGGUCACCGUCUUCUUCACCAGGAACGGCAACGAGGUGGGCUCCGUGCUGGUGCCUCAGGCUCUAGACAGGCUCUACCCUGCAGUUGGGAUGCACUCUCUGGGGGAGGAGGUGAGGCUGGACCUGGAGGCGGAAUGGGAGGGCGUGGCUGAAGAAGACAGCGCCAUGGUGGUGGACAGCGGGGAGGAAGACUGGGUCCGACUGCACGACGUCUGCAUUCGCGGCACGCUGUUGGAGUACACAGGGAAGGGGAAGAGUAUAAUGGACGUGGGCCUGGCCCAGGCGCGGGCUCCUCUUAGCACGCGCUCUCACUACUUCGAGGUGGAGAUUGUGGAUUCCGGAGAAAAGUGUUACAUUGCCCUGGGUCUGGCGCGGAGGAAUUACCCUAAAAACAGACACCCAGGGUGGAGUCGAGGAUCGGUGGCCUACCAUGCGGACGACGGGAAGGUUUUCCACGGCAACGGGGAGGGGGACCCCUUUGGCCCCCGCUGUUUCGAGGGGGACAUCAUGGGCUGCGGGAUCCUGUUCCCCCGGGACUACAUCCAGGAUUGGGAAGAUGACGGUGAUGAUAUGGACUCCUUUGAGAUGCAGAAUAUUCUCUACCCGAAUGAUGAAGAUGAGGAAGAGGACAGAGAGGACAGAGAGGACAAAGAGGAGAUGGAGCCGGAGAGUGAGGCCAGGAAGGUUAUGGUGUUCUUCACCCGAAACGGGCAGGUGAUGGGGAAGCGGGAGGUGGGGGUGCCGGUGGGGGGGCUGUACCCCACCAUCGGCAUGCUGAGCAGCGGCGAGAGGGUCAAGGUGGACCUGCACCCCCUGAGCGGCUGAGGAGGGAUGUAGACACGCCCUCUCUCUCAAAAAAAAAAAAAAAAAAGAAACCUCAGGAGACUGGCUGUCCCACAUCCCGUCGCCGGAAAAGAGACGUCCUGCCCUGGAGACGAUUCGUCAGGAUUAUCUAAAGAUAUAUAUUCACUGUUCCCUUCCGCUUCUUUAAGCUGCUGCAAGCUUUCAAAAGCUUUCUGAUCCAGUGGGCGGUUUGUUCCGUGUGAUUCUGUGAUGUGACUGGAUGGCAAGGCCCUUAUACCAGGGAUCAUCAACUCUGGCCCUCGAAUCCAAAUCCAGCCCUGGUUUUCCUUUCUCCCGGGUAAUUAGUGCUACUGAUUGGCCAGACUGUCUUCACACCUGACUCCCAGGCAAAGGGAGGGUGGAAAACCAGCAGUUCCCGGCCCUCGAGGACCGCGAGUUGCUGAUCCCUGCCUUAUACUAUUAGCAGCUUUGGGGUUUGAAACGCUGCUGGUGUUACUUUAACUUUCCACAAGGGGUCACUGUUUCUUUCCGUGAAUAAAGAGAAAAUACAGUUCUGCAGAA